AGUUAAUCGUACGCCCGCCAUCAGUUCGAAUAGUGGUGCCGUCCCGUACGUUUUCCAGUAAUAAUAGUAAUAAUAAUAAUAAUAACAGUAACGGCGAACGGGUAGCAAGCAGUACCUGCCGACGUUUUCGUUUUCCAUUUUUUUCUUUUUUUUUUUCCGUAAUUUUUCUCACGAGUGCCAAUUCGGUUGCCGCACGUUUCGACCAUCAUCGUCGCAGUCUCGCCGGUCAACGACAACAGUGACAGAACGUUUCGAACCGGUGUCCGGGAAACAUAUGCACAGGAGAUGUAUUAUAUAACAUAGUCCUAUGGUGGUUUGGUUGUUUUGUUUUAUUUUUCACCAUAUAUGCUCGUGUGCCGGUUCACCUAUUCUGCCGACGCCGUCGAUUAACGAGGAUAAAACGUAUAGAAAAAACGUUGUUCAUACGUGCAGCCCAAGAUGGUAGAAAUGACAGACAACAUGACGAGGAACUACAACAAUUACACUUCCACGUCGAAACUAGAACAAGCAUCCAAACAGCAAACCCUGGCCAUGGACGGUUACGACAACCAAGGGAUGUUGAGAUCUGAGUUGAACAUCAACGGAAACGCGACCAACGUCGGUAACACGUGCAUUAACAUGGACAGCCUCAACAGCAAAUGCGGUGUGGUCGGCACGAAGAGCGACAACGCCGGUCAGCUAAACGAGAAACAACAUUUCUACGACCCGUACCAACAUCGUGAAGUGAAACACCCUACAUCGUAUUUCGACACGCUGAUACAUUUCCUGAAGGCCAGUCUGGGCACCGGAAUCCUGGCCAUGCCGAGUGCGUUCAAAAACGCGGGCUAUAUAGUCGGUACUCUGGGUACCAUCGCCAUUGGAAUCCUGUGCACGUACACGAUUCACCUAUUGGUUACCGCGUCCUACGAGCUGUGCGUCAAGAGGAAGAUACCGAGCCUCACGUAUCCCGGCACUGUGGCCGCGGCUUUCGAAGAUGGUCCAAGACCUGUCAGGAAAUUCGCUCCUUUUGCCAAAAUGAUGACCAACUUGUUUCUGGUGCUGUACCAAAUCGGUUCUAGCUGUAUAUACGUCGUGUUUAUAGCAAGCAAUCUCAAAGCGAUCGGUGACACCUACCUGAACAACGACACGGACGUGCGAAUGUACAUGGUCUACAUACUUAUUCCGCUGAUAUUGAUCUCCUGGAUAAGGAAUUUAAAACUCCUGGCGCCGUUCUCCUCCAUAGCCACUUGCAUGACCAUGGUCAGUUUCACGUUGAUAUUUUACUACAUUUUCCGCGAAGCACCAUCGUUUGAAAGUCGCGAACCGGUCGGCACCAUCAAAAGCAUACCUCUGUUCUUCGGCACCGUACUUUUUGCCAUGGAAGCCAUUGGUAUGGUUUUGCCACUUGAAAACGAGAUGAAGAACCCCAAAAGAUUUGGCAGCAUGUUUGGUGUGCUCAACUCUUCGAUGAUUCCCAUAUCUUUACUAUAUACGUUGGUCGGAAUUCUCGGUUACUUAAAGUACGGCGAACAUGUCAAAGGUAGCAUUACAUUGGACUUACCUCAUGACGAAGUGCUCGCUCAAGUCGUCAAACUCUUGUUGUCGUUGUCUAUUUAUAUUUGUUACGCUUUGUCCAACUACGUCGCUUUCGACAUUUUAUGGAAAGGUUUCGAACAUAAAAUGGAAAAAAACGAACAUAAAAUCUGCUGGGAGUAUGCACUUCGCACAUCCAUUGUGAUAACCACAUUCUUCUUCGCCAUCGCCAUACCAAACUUGGAACACUUGAUCUCACUGAUUGGAGCGUUUUGCUUAUCUUCUGUCGGUAUCGCAUUCCCAGCUAUCGUCAGUUUCCUAACAUUCAAUGAAGUUUACAAGAACGCAGGAAACUUCCGGUAUAGUUUGUUUUGUCUGCGUAACCUGGUGAUAGUCAUAAUUGCCAUUUUCGCAUUCAUCAUUGGUGUGUUCACAAGCGUGUCAGACAUCAUUCAUCACAUGAAGUGAUCUCUCCCCAAACAUCGUGGUCGUGAUGUUCACUUGAGGUGAUGGGUUAGAUAUACACUUGACCUACACCGAAAACAGACAAAACCAACAACAAUGACGAUGAUGACAUAGAAUACAAAAAUUACCCUAUUGGUGGUCACUUGGGUAGUAAAAAUGUCCUCUUUUAU